AUGAGUGCCGGGGGUCCCAGACUAAAGCUGGAACGGUGGGAUGGUAAGAGGGAGACGCUAGAGCGCUUCCUCGACAACUGUCUCCACGUGUUCCACUUUACGGGACUAGAAUAUCGAGAAUGGGCCGCGUACGCACAGGCCCACAUCAAUGGGAUGCCAGGCGAUACCCUGGUGCAGGAGCGCCGCGGCUGGGCGGAUCGCCAACUGUCAAUUUGGAUGGGACGUCCCGUGGGGCCUGAUCUAGGCUCCGGACACUUGUUCGAUUGGCACAAGUUCACGUCGUACUUGCGCGAAGUGUGGGGUGACAAUCGUAUGUACAGCAGCGCGCUGCACAAGUUGGGAGAAAUAUACCAACGAGGCUUGGUGGACGAGUACGUUGGUCGCUUCCGGGCUCUGGCCGUCACGGCAGAGGCCCAACCGGAGCGCACCCUCCUCAACUUCUUUCAGCGCGGUCUCAACACUGAGCUCCGUCGUCGUCUUGCUCAUAUGGACGACGCGAGGCUCAGCUCGUACAUCUCCGCAGCGAUCCGAGAAGAUCGCAAGGUGCGCGAGGAGAGGGAGGAUGCGGCACGGUGGCGCUCGUCGUCCAAGACGUCAACAACGUCGACAAACGCCGUCGCCACGGUCCGUCGUUCCGCUGCGGAAGCAGCCCCUGGGCCUUCUCGGCUCGCCCCUCGCGGAGGCAAUGCUCCCCGCCCGUCGCCUGUUGCCGGCAUUACUGCCGAGCAAUACAGACAGCGGAGCGAAAGCAACCUCGGCCACCUGUGUGGAAGCCCGGACCACCGUCGGGCUAACUGCCCCCGUCGCAACAAAGCGGCAAUGUUGCAGCUGAUGGCUGCUAAACUCGACCAUGAGGACGAGCAGCGUCAGUUACAGGAGGAGGACAACCUGGACGCCAACGAGGAAGAACUCCGCGAGGAGCUCUUUCCCCAGUCUGACGACCAGGGAAACUAGAGGCCGGCCGGAGCGCUCCCAGCACCGGGCCGGCAGAACUAUGGGAUGUGUUCUCCGCAGCAGCGACCAAUGCUGUCGGAUCUCAGGAUGACCUACCCAGAGGCCGAGUAGAGAACGGAAAGGUGGUGCUGCCCAGACAUCCCCACAAGACAGCGUACGAGUGCAUAGUCAAAGUAAACGGCACUACGGACGCUGCCACACUUAUCGAUGGAGGUUGCACCUCAUCAAUCGUUUUGCCAGAGCUGGUCUUGAGAGCAGGCCUCUCCACCAUUCCGAUCCCACCGCUGGCGGUGAGCUUGCUUGAUGGAAGCCAGCAUGUAUGUAAUCAGCAAGCGCGACUUGAUGUUGUCAUUGCUGGAACGAGUUUAACGACAUCCUGGAGAUGUUUCGUGGUACCUGCGGUCCACAAUUUAGUAUUAGGCCUCAACUGGCAAGAGGUGGCCCAUCCCUACUACGACUGGAAGAACCGACAGCUCGUGUUUUGCAAGCAAUGUUUGAAAGCCCGUUCUGACGUUUGACAGGGAUCCGAGCGACCGUUCCAGUUGUGUGGAUUGCGACAGUUGCUGCUAGAAGCAAGCCACUCUGACCAGCCGAUUGGGCGGUUUACGCUUGCCAAACUAGAUCGCGCCAUUGCGUUGGAGGACCAAUCCGCCUCGCUCGCCUCGCUCGCAUGCUUCGCAGGCGAAACGGGCGAAACAGGCGAUACCGUCGCAACAGCGCCCAAAGGCGAUCAGAAGCCGUCGCCGGCACAGCUAGUGCCCCCAAAGUACCAUGAGUACUUAGAUGUCUUCAACCCCGUAGAGGCCAGUCAAUUGCCCCCACACCGACCUUUCGACCACAAGAUCGAGCUGAAAGCCGGGAAGCAUCCACCUUUCGGCCCGCUCUAUCCGUUGUCGGCCAGGGAGCUCACGGAGCUAUGGGAAUAUUUGGACACUAUGCUGGCAAACGGGUUCAUCCGCCGGUCGACAAGCCCAGCGGCAGCCCCCAUCCUCUUUGUCCCCAAGAAGGAUGGAUCCAUGCGACUCUGUGUAGAUUACCGGGGACUCAACGCGAUCACUGUCAAAGAUUGCUAUCCCAUCCCGUUGAUCGAUGAGCAGCUGGAUCGCUUGUCUCGCGCGGUGCGGAUGACGAAGCUGGACCUUCUGGGUGCCUACAACUUGCUACGAAUCCGUGAAGGCGACAAGUGGAAGACAGCUUUCCGUACCAGGUAUGGAUUGUUCGAGUACCUCGUCAUGCCUUUUGGAUUGUGCAAUGCCCCAUCCACCUUCCAAGCACUGAUGAACUACGUGUUCUGGGACAUGCUCGAUAUCACCGUGCUCAUCUACCUCGACGAUAUCUUGAUCUACAUGGCCAAAGGUGUUGAUCAUGAUGCCGUGGUGCGCGAGGUCUUGAAGAGACUGCAACAAUACCGGCUGUUCGCGAAGGCUAGCAAGUGCGAGUUUGACGUGGAAGAGGUCGAGUAUUUGGGUUUCUUGGCAUCGACAAAAGGAGUACGCAUGGAUUUGAAGCGGGUACAGACCAUUUGCGAUUGGCCGGCCCCCAAGAACGUCCACGAAUUGCAAGUGUUCCUGGGGUACGCCAAUUACUACCGACGCUUCAUCCCUGCCUACUCUCGCGUCAUUGCCCCUCUGACCGACCUGCUCAAAGGAAAGGCGGUCAGACCCAUCGCCUGGGAGGACGCGCAGCAAAAGGCUUUCGACGCUCUAAAGGACGCCUUCACGCGCAAACCUCUACUGCAACACUACAACCCUACUCUACCUGUCUUGCUAGAGACCGAUGCUAGCAAUCACGCAAUAGCCGCGACGCUGAGUCAGCCGCACGGAUCUCCCGUUUUGCCUGUAUCACUCGCAAAACAGGCGAGCGACGCAAAACAAGAAACGAUCGUCUGGCACCCCGUUGCAUACCGCUCUCGCAAGCUGAACUCCGCGCAGUGCAAUUACGAAAUCCACGACAAAGAGUUGUUGGCGAUCGUAGACGCACUACGUGAAUGGCGACAGUACUGUCUGGGCACACACGAGAAGAUCCAAGUUCAUACGGAUCACAAAGGCUUGGAGUAUUUCGCUACCAAGCGGGCCUUGACGGCGCGACAAGCACAGUGGAGCCUCCUCCUGGCGGACUACAACUACGGCAUCCGCUACAAGUCAGGAUCGCAAUGUCGGGUGGAUGGCCUUACUCGCCGGCCGGACAUGCAUGA